AUGACGAACAUUUGUUUCAUAGACCAGGGGCUGCUGCUUCGGAAACGAGGAUUUUCCUGUCGUCGCUGUAGCGUCUGCUGCGACACACAGCGUCGUGCUCGCUUGGGCGCGUUGCCGCGCAGAGCUGGUGCCUCUCGGCUCGUGAAUAGCAGCAUACAGGUAACUGCUGAGUACGCCCAAGCGUUAGCUCAAGCGAAUGAGCUCUUCAAUCUGUACAAUGCGGACGUACCGUGGCCAUGGUUCAUACGCGGCGUCGUCCACUUGCAGCAUAAUCGCGCGGCGCUAGCGGUAGCUGAUCUUGAGCGAGCGCUUCUCAUGGGUUUUCGGGGUUCCGAGGUGCGUAUUUUCGCAGCGGCCGCGCUAUUCCGUGCCGGCAAGGUUUCAGACGCCGUUACAUACUAUCUAGAAGUCAUGCGAAAUGAGAUCGGGAGUGUAGGGAACCCAUUGGCCGAGCCGAAUGAGCUGCGAAAGCUCAUAGGUCCCUAUAUUCCGCUGUGGAAACCACCGGGAAAGCUCUUUCAGCAGGCAGUGUGUUUCUAUUGCGCCCGCAGGUUUGAGGACGCGUUCCAGGCCCUGGAUAAAGUUGUUGCGCUCGGUCGGGACUACAUCUACGCUGGCAACGAAGACACUGGAGAUCCCCUGACCUGGGAGCACGUUUUGUGGCGGAUAGCAUCGUACCGUCGGCUCAAGGGACAAACGCCAAUACUAUCACAGAGCGAGCUCGCGGCCGUUCCAACAAGUGAUAUACCUCUGUCUCUGAUCGACUUGUACAGGACGAAUGACGUUGCGGUUGAGGAAGCGCUCUGCCAGCACGAAAGCGAAAUAGCGACAUUGAGCGACCAGAUUCGCUUCCAGUUCUAUCGUGGUCUCUUCUGGCAGCAUCGCACCGAUUCUCAGUUGCAUCAGCGAGCGCUUCGCCAUUUCGAGCAGGUCGCGAAACAGAUACCUGACGAAAACACCCUGGAUUCUCUCGAUGAUUCGGCGGCUUUUCUGGUGGAUGUCACCCGCAUCAUGCUCCAUCGAACGUUGUAA